UGGUAGAACACUCCGGAAACCUCCGAUCACAUGAACCAUGUUCUUCUUCUUCGUAGGAGGAGUUACUCAAGAAGUGCGUCAGGUGCUGAAGCAAGAAGCCGGUAGGUGCAUCAACUGUCGGUCACCGUCGGAUCUUGUUGAUACCGACAAGGUUUUAAAACUGUUUUUCGUCCCGGUUUGGCGUUGGCCGGCCAAAGACCAACUCAUGCACUGCAACAAUUGUGGCCUCUUCUAUCCUCCGUCGUUGUCUCCGCUUUCUUCAGACUCGCGGCCGUCGGAAAACCUUCUAUGUCAGUUCUGCGCUCGGAAGGUUGAUUCUGAUUUCAGGUUUUGUCCCUUUUGUGGCACUGCUCUCUGAUUUAAUUUUAGGGGCUAAUAGGAAGUUAUCGGUCCUGUGGCAUACUAAUAAACAAUUUUAUUUCCCUUGACAAAUGUUCAAUUUUCAAUAACUUGUCAGCAUUUAAUUUUUCAUAAACUUGUUCGUUGAUUAGUCAGGGGUUCUUUGAUUUCUAACAAUGGCAAAAGAGCCCUAGUUUUGGUC